AUGUUGCCUGGGGUAACCCAUGCCAUAAAUACACGCGUGAUACGUGCGCACGGAUAUACUCCUAGCCAACUGCUAUUUGUAUUCAACCUCCGGAGGAGCCGCCUAGACGCCACGCCGAGGGAUCAACUAGCCUCUGCGGUAAUAUCGGAAGCGAUAGUCAAGAUAGUUGAGCGGUACACCGACAGCAUAGGUGAAGAUGCUGCACCUGCUAGUGCUAGUGUUGAAGAACCAAUGGAGCUAUGGGCAUACCACCAAAGGCUAUCAAAAUUAGAGGAGAUACGGGAGGCAGUAAGAACCAAAACCCUGGAGAAGUGCUCGCAAAAGCAAAGAAGGGCAAGAUGGAAGGCGCCUCAAAUGGGAGACCUCGUUUUACUCCGCAGAUUCGAAAUCGACAGACAGCAUGGCCGCAAGUUUGAAGCCAAGUGGGAGGGUCCGUACAAACUCGACAAAAUAUCGUGGCAUGGAAGGACCGGAAGGGUAUUCGAUCUAAUCACCGGCGAGUAG